AUGAAGGUGGAGAAUGAAGAAGGAUCAAUGGAAGAAGAAGGUGUGAUCUUUCUGCAGAAUCAAGAAUCCCAUGAAAUUCUGAUCUGUAGGAAUUGGAGAGUGAGUUUGGCAGUUGAUUCUAUUCGGUUAGGGGUUGGUUGGAGUUUUAUGUGCAGUUGUUAUGAAUUGGUUAGAGGUUUGAGGAAUGGGAAAAAAUGGUUAGAAGGUGAAUUGUUAAGGGGAUGUUAUGAUGUUUGGAUUGCCGCUUAUGCUGAAACUGAUAUGGUAUGCUUGGUUUUAUGCAGGUUCAAUUGUGAUUUUCAAGCAUGGGAUUUGGUGUUAGCAAGGGAGAUAGUGGCAUGGUAG